UAAUAUGGAGAGAUUGUGAGGGUACGUGCUUUCACCAGCGCGCAGUUUUAUUGACCGUGAGACUUCCUUCUUGGAAAUAACAAAAUAACUUUCAUUUUCAAAACUAGAUUCUAUCAUCAACAGAGUAUUUGUUCUGAAGUUUCAUUUCACGUUGCAUUGUUAUUUCGGAGUGUACUAGACCUAGGUCUAUCUUGACGUGACUGUUGAAACGGAUCAUUGCGAAGACCCUUGGACCUGCAGUCUAGUUUGAUACUGUUGAGAUACUGUUGAGAUACUGUUGAGAUACUGUUGAGAUACUGUUGAGAUGCAUGUGACACACACACAGUACUUUUAGUGGACAGCUGACUCUAGAGAAAACAUGUCUCUGGAGUUACCAAUUCCAAUUGAGACAGAACUUAAAUAAAAUGUUGGAAAGUUUUAAUUUUGACUAUCUCACACAACUGAAAGAAGCUACGAAUCACUCCUUUGUGUUUCUGGAGCACCGGAACGUCAUCAUUUCCCACAAUGUUUUCAUCGUCGUCUGCCUCAUCUACAUCCCUAGCAUCGUUCUGGUCAACACGCUGGUGUUCUGGGGCAUCGUCUUGUACCCGGGAUUCCACACUACCAACAACUACCUCCUGCUCAGCCUGUCGAUCGCAGACUUUUUGAUGGGCUCCUACUGUAUCCCCAUGUAUGUGCUCAGCUAUAUUAAAGACACCAGCCCCACGAUACUGGGCAACCGGACGGCUUGUCUGACGCUCUUCGCGUCCAAGCAGCUGGCUGGGAGUGGCUCACUCCUCUCGCUGUUCCUCAUCUCCGUGGACCGUUUCAUCGCUAUCACCUGGCCGUUUAGGUACCCUUUCCUCAUUAACGAGAAGAAGAUCCUCAGGCUGAUCGUGAUCCAGUGGCUGCUGUUGACGUUUCUCUCCUUCUUGCCCAUGAUGGGCUUGAACAACUACAACCCCGCGGUGUGCCCACUCAUCCUCAGGUGCAAUUACUUCACCACGUUGCCCAGCCUCUACGUCCUCAUCUGGAUGUGUUUUAUCUGUGCUGCCAUCAGCAUCUCAGCUGCUCUUCACAUACGAAUCAUCUUCAUCGCCAUUAGACAGGUCAGCAGGUUUAAGAGCGAGCUGGGCACUCUGAGCCGAGAUCAGAUUACCCAGUUCCAUAACCGGGUCAGCUCUGUCAAGCUGACCUCCUUCCUCAUGUUGGUCUUCGUCAUCCUGUACCUCCCUUACGUACUCAUCACGCCCUUCAAGUACCUGAAUCUCUUCUCGGAAGUCACUAUCGAGAUCAUCCAGGUGGUAGCUCAGCUUUUCACAUUCGGGAACUCCCUGGCUAAUGGGCCCAUCUAUGCCAUAGCGCGAACAGAGUACAAGCAGGUGUACAUGACCAUGCUGACAGCGUACCCGUGGAGGUGGAAGAUUGCCCUGCGUAACUUGCACAGGGAGCAACAUUCCAGCUUGUAUGAUUCUUACCCAGGCACCCCCAGGCCUAGCAGGGCGUUUAGUGUGAAAACAUUUUCUGGAAUCAGUAAAUCCUCAAGUGAGGCCGUUUGAACCCAAAAAAUCAAUUUAACCUUUGACCUCAUCAACAACAGUUCAUUGUUAGACAGCUAAAACUUGUAAACAAGAAAGAACAGUGCUUACUUCCCUUUUGACUUUCUCCCCAAUUUGUUCCCAUGAUUUCAAUAUGUCUACCUUGUAAAUAAUAAAAAAUAUUUUGACACUAACCAU